ACAGUGUUGGUGUGAGGAGUGUUCUCGUCGGCGCUGGGAAUUUGUAUGUUACCUUGCGUCCAAGAAUAAAUGACGAUCAUGACCUGAUAGUAAGAAGUGCAUUACUAUUCUAAGUGGUGGUUUCAGCCUCAAAAUCAUGCCUUGGCUGCGCUUGAUUUUAUUUUUGCUAUUAAUUAGCAAAAGAGGUGUAUUGAGCCAGGAACGAAACCCCUCGGGCCGCUUGGAGAGCGUCAGCGACUAUGACGCCUUACCGCAUCACAACAUGUGCCAGCCUAUCACCAUUACACUGUGCAAAGACAUAGAAUACAACACGACUAUUAUGCCUAAUUUGUUGGGACAUGUUCGACAAGAAGAAGCAGGACUAGAGGUGCACCAGUUUUUCCCUCUGGUAAAGUACAACUGUUCGCCUGAUCUCCACUUUUUCUUGUGUAGCGUUUAUGUGCCGGUUUGCACCAUUUUGCCAAGACCGCUUCCUCCUUGCCGUGCCAAGUGCCUUUCUGCCAAACAAGGCUGUGAAGACAUCAUGAAUAAAUUUGGUUUUCAGUGGCCAGAUAGCCUGAACUGUGAUAGAUUCCCUGCAAAUCCCUUAGAGGAGAUGUGUGUUGGGGAAAAUGUUUCUGCUACAACUCCUUACCCACAGGGUAAAGCUCAUGUCAUUGAAGGCAUGGAUUUUCAGUGCCCUGUGUAUUUCACUAUUCCUCCAAGUCUACAGUAUAAGCUUCGUGUUGGUGAUGUCAUCGUUGAAAACUGUGGAGCUCCCUGUGAUGGAAUGUUCUUUGAUGCUGAGGAAACAGCAUUUUCUAGAAGAUGGCUUGGAAUUGUAGCUGCUGCCUGCCUUGCUCCAACCAUUUUUACAGUGGCUACGUUCCUUCUUGAUAUGAGUCGCUUUCAAUACCCUGAACGACCAAUAAUAUUCAUCAGUCUCUGCUACUUCUGCAUAUCAUGCUGCUAUGUGGUGGGAUUCUCCCAAGGCACAUCAGUGUCAUGUGAUGAGCCAUAUGCUCCUCCAUACCACCUACAGGAAGAACAGGCCAACAUGAUCAGUGCUAUCACACAAGGGGUGGAGAGGGAAGUGUGCACCAUACUUUUCAUGAUACUCUAUUUCUUCACAAUGGCUGCUUCCAUAUGGUGGGUGGUGCUGACGCUGGCUUGGUUCCUCAUGGCAGGUCUCAAGUGGAGUCAUGAAGCUGUUGAAAACUAUGCUGCUUGGUUCCAUGUUGCAGCUUGGGCUGUUCCUGCUGUCAAGACCAUCGUCAUCUUGGCUACUGAAAAUAUUGAAGGGGACGUGCUGACGGGAGCUUGCUACGUCGGACUAUGGAACGUGAAGGCGAUGCGAUGGUUCGUGUUGGCGCCGCUGUUCCUGUACCUCGUGCUGGGGACGGUGUUCCUCUUCGUGGGCUUCGUAAGCCUGUUCCGCGUGCGCUCGAUCAUCAAGCACAGCUGCACCAAAACCGACAAAAUGGCUCGCUUUGUAGUCCGUAUUGGAGUGUUCAGUUUCCUGUAUUCGGUGCCCGCUUGGAUUGUUGUGGGCUGCCUGAUUUAUGAACAGCAACAUCACAACGAAUGGAUGCUGGGAUGGCAAGAAGAGAAAUGCAUGUCUCGCGAGGAACCUUGGUUGCGUUACGGCAUCAGCUGCCCUCGGGGUAAAGAUCAUAUGGUGCGGCCUCCACUGAUCUUCUUCCUCGUCAAGUACCUGAGUUCUUUGUUCGUUGGUAUCACCGCAGGAUUUUGGGUUUGGUCUAGCAAAACAAUUUCUAUUUGGAAGAAUUUUUACAACAGUUUGUUGGGCCGCCGUCCCGAAAGCUACGUGUGACAAUCAGCCCCUGCGUGGUCACAACAAAAUCAACAAACGCCUCUCAACCAUUCGCUGCAUCAUCCUUUGGUGCAGCCAAUGCAUCUCCAUCAUCCGCACACAGCUGGAGGAGCCUCUUCCACCACUCCGUUAGCUUCUCAUCCGUCUAUUCCAUCCCAUCAUAUGUCUGAAGAAACUAUGCCAUUCCGACCAGCUCACACUCCCGACGAGACUAAUUUCUGACCUUGUACUAUCCUCAGCUCUGACCCGGCUUGAGCACUUACUUACUACUUCAGAUAUUGCCAAAAUUUCUUCUAAUUUAUGAUGUGGAUUCCAUUUCUACGGAUAAAAAUACUUCAAUUCAUUGAAUCGCCAAUUCUGUUCAUUGUAUUGCCCGUGAAAUAUUCUACCAUUAUACUUAUGGUUGCACCAAUAAUGCAUGACUUAUCUGUGGUUGAUCAGACGUAGGCACUGAAACCCAAAAAAGAGCUCGAGACUCGACUGCAUUAUAAGCCAAAUUAAAUGUUUAAUAUGAAAAAAUAUAAAUUUUUAUUCAAUUUUCACUCCACUUCUCUAGUCCCAUUCUAUGCACCUGCACUCAAGUUUCGCUCACUGCCCUUCACGUGUUCAUUUAAAGUUCAUCUUCACCAGUCACCCUCAUGCACAAGAAAGACUCGGCGUUUGUUCAGAGUUUGGGGCGAUCACGUAGGGCGAUUGUAGGAUGCGUGGCGUUCGUGUCCACGAUCUUCAUGCAUCAUCUUUGUUUAUAAUAUUAAUUAUUAGGCCACUAGACGUGUCAUUGUCUUGAGUUGGUUGCUAGCUUUAGUUUUGUUUUAGAUGAGCGACUGGCAAGGCAACAUCUAAGCGCUCUCUGGCUUCUCCACUAAAGACUCCAUCACACUGCUUCUACGAUCACAAAUUAUUUCGUAAAUUUUUGUAAAGUGCAUAAUUUUAAACGGAGUCCUUUUCUCUAUUUGAGUUACAUUAAAUGUUUUCAAGCUUGUACCGUAAUUCAAAAUUAAUCUCAUACAUUGCAAGUACUCUGGAAAAAAUGAAUAAAUGUUGAUAUUUGUUUGAAAUAUUCACUUUUGUUCAUUUCACCUUGCCGUAGUAUGAAUUAUACGAAUUUUGUUCGAUAACUCUAAAUACUGAUUACUGAUUCGUAUACGUAUGCAGUUUGAUGACGUGCAAGCGCUUGCUUAAUUUUUGCUAAAGAAACUCGUGCAGCGAACAUUCUUUUUGAAUCCUUAAGAUUUAAAAACACGCUUUAUGUGCUUAACUCCUCUCAUGCCUUUAAUAGGCGCCUUUAAAUUCUCUCAACCUUCAUUAGAUUCUUUCUAUAAUCAUGAGAAUUUUGAGCGCAUGUGUAUGGUUACGAGGCAUGUCUAACUGUCACUCUCCAGAGCUUAAUAUUGCCGCGCUUAACCCGUGACAUAUUUUAGUGUCAAUUGUAUGUGCAAGACGUACAAAUGCAGGGUUGUUAAGAUGUAAGGUAGGGUGCUUAUUGUUGAUACUGCUUUGUUCUUCUGUAAAUGGCGUGCAUGUAAAUCGUCAUACUUCGUAUAAAUAAGCUCUUAGAAUAUUGAAUCCUAUAGUAAAAUUAACUUAUAACGCAGUAGUCAGCUGUUGUUCAUGUUAAAGUUUUGCAAUUCCAUCGCAUUCGUAAUUCAAGUGUUGUCAAAAAAUCACAGAAAAACAAAAUGUUCUGUCUUUGUAUGUCUUCAGUAAGCAAUUAAGUAAAAAUGGAUCUAAAUCAAAAGUACGUGUAAGGUUUUUAGUUAUCUUGACCCGUGAAUUUCCUUGUUCUUCAAUUUCGAAAUUUUUUAUACAACGUCGAUAGCUGCAUCGUUUAUUGACAUGGUUAAUGCACGAUCGUAGUUGCACCUCAUUCAAAUUCCUGUGUGUUUAGAAAGUUAUUAUUUCUACAAGUAAUAUCUCUCCAGUCAUCAAAAAAUUGAUAGACAGUUAAUAUAGAUAGUGAAUUUUGUUGAUAAUGUACAGUUGAAUUAUAAACUAGUUAAAUGAUUCUUUUUCUUCUUACUGUCAUUAAUGAAUUAAUAUUUAAGGUGACACAUGUUGAUACUUAAUGCCGGCGCUUAUCACGCUGUAUGUGUAUCUCAUACUGAAGCAUGACUUAUUCAUUGUCGUCACACAAGGGUUUUUUUAAUAGCCAUGGAAAUUAAAGCUUAUAUUUUUUAUAUCCUUUGAAUAAAAUGUACUUAAUGCGAAUAUCAAUUUAUUCAUACAGUUCAUUGCAAUUAUUACGAAAGAUGUUUCUGUUUUUACAGUGUUUCAAUCGUUCGACUUCCCAAUGAUCAAUACUGAGUGAAAUUAAGUUAGAAAUGUGCUAAUGCUAGAUCAAUGCUUGUGACUUCUGCUUCGCCAUAUUUGCCUGCCAUGCAGGCUUUCCCAAUCUUGUCGAUACAUGAGGCAUUUAUUAAUAAGAGUAGCAUGCCAGUUCGGUGAAUGUACAUAUGUGACUUGUGUUCUGUCUUUAUAGCCAACAAUAUCGUUCUGAGCGCCAGGGGUUGUUGAAGUAGUUCUUGUUUUAGAGGGACCGAGAUAAUCUCAUUUUCUCAUUUUCAUAAUCAGUGACUUAACUUCUAAUAUUUAAUAUGGGUACUAGAGCUUUUAUUGAAAAACCACGCCAAAAUUCCUCCCAAACUUACGCCGAUUAUUGAGCAGAAUAAAUUGCCAGUCAUCCAUCCAAUUCACUUUGGCCGCGCCGACUUUUUGGUGCAGAGGAUUAAACACGCUUCUUUCGGCGUAAAUAAUUUUUAAACUGUUUAAAUCCUGUAUUUUUUGGAACAUAAUUGAGGUAUUUUCUGAAGGUAGCAAGCCUUCCUCUGUGCCAUGCUGCAAUAAGUAUAUAAUUGGUUUACCAUUAAGUCGCAGCCACGCGAUUUACUAAGCUUUGCUAAACUGUUAUUCGAACCGACGUUUGUAAUCCUAUCAAAAAGUACUUAGGAAAUUUUAAUUGUUCAUUAAAACCAUCUCAGCUUCCAUGUCUCUUGUAUGUUUCUUGUUUCCUAAUUCUCACAGAAAUUGACGUACUGCCAAAUGAUUGCGUAUAAAUGUGAUUGAAAUAUAAGUAGCAGGAACUGUCCUAUGAUUUGUUGUUUAGAUCUUCUUGUACAACACUCGUUCGAGUGCCGCUCGACACGAGUUUCCUCGUCUUCGCUGUUUUGUGUACAAUUGUAGCUGUGUAAAUACGACUCGUGUACUUUAACGCUGUGUGAAUACUUGCUUCGCUGAAUAAACGAUCUCUUGA